AUGUCAAUGGAUCUUGUCAAUAGAUUAAAGCAAAGUGUUUCUAAACAAGUAAUGGCUCAAUCAGCCAUCUCUGCCAAACAAAUAGAUAAUGGAUUGGUUAAAACUGUGGAAUGUUUUGUAUCGGAUAUUGACAGUUUUGUAGAUUCAUUUACUGAAGCUGUCAAAAACAAUCAAUUCAAAGUUGCCAAUUAUUUGGCAAAACAAUGCUUUUCACUUGUCACUAAUCAUCAAGGUGAUCAAGACUAUAAAAAAGCUAACCUUUUAAAUGCACUCUAUUAUAUUAGAGAUGGCAUUCAAUUUGAAUCGCUUUGGAAUGAUUUUAAAGAAAUCACAACCAACUCCAAGAUGGUAUCUAAAUUAUUAACACAGCCACCAUUCUAUCCAACAUCUAAUCGUCGUCAUGUAUCAAAUGUCAUUGAUAGAAUCAUCCAAAACUAUUCAAGAUUUUAUAAUGGUCCUAAAAGAGAUCAAUAUCAAAUGGAACCACUACAAUUGUCCAAUCCAGACAACAACCACAAUAACAACACUCCAUCACAUCCAUUCACCUACCACAUCAUCUCUAAAUAUAGACAUGAUCCACAAUUCAACCAAAUAAUUAAUUUUAAUGAUUUUGAUAUCAACCAAUUUUAUUUUGAUAAUAGAAAAUAUAAAAGAAUGAUGAAUAAUCAAAGUAAUAAUAGAAGCAGCAGUACAGAUUAUAUUAAAAUGAAAAGGAGUGAAUACUUUAAUAGUAUACUCAAUAGCAAGUAUCUAAGAACAAAGAUAUUCAAAGAUGUAGAGAUCAUUCAUAACAAGUUGUAUGGUGACACUGUGAUUGGUGAAGUUACAUCAGAUAUUCAAAGAGGAGUAUACAGAUUAAAGUCACACGAGAUCAUUAGUUUACAAGAAUGUAUUGUGACUAAUAGAACUGAUCUAUUCAUUAAACAUUUUGAUAGUGUUUAUCAAUCAAUCAUCACUUCAUCAUCUGAUAAUGGUUUUAAACACUUUCAUGAUUUAUUAACUACAAUCUUUAGAUUUGAAAAUGAAACUGCUUUUGGAAUGUUGGUUGAGAGAUUUAAGCAAUCAUUUGAUCAAUCUCGUUUUAUGUACCGUGUGUGUCUUUGUCACACUUGGAAACCAACAAAAAAGAGACUAGACAUGUUACUAAGACAUGUAGACUAUUCACAUCAUAUCGGAUACAUUCGAUGGGUGAUCAACGUCCCUAUAUCAACUGGUGAUUUGAUCAUGUUUGAUCGAAUAUGUAAAGAUAUACUAGAUCAAAAGCACAAACAACCAGAACCUACAACUAGUAGUAAUCAAAACAACAUUUUACUUCAAAAUAAUAAUCCUUUUAAAGAUUUAAUCAACAAAUUAAAUAAUAAUCAAAAUAUUAUAAAUCAAAAUAAUAAUAAUAAUAAUAAUAAUAAUAAUAAUAAUAAUAAUAAUAAUAAUCAAUCAAAAUAUGAAAUAAUAUAUUAUAUGGUUAAGAAAUUAAAAGAAAAUGGAUUAGAUUUAAGGGAUCAACUAUUUGUUGCAGCUAUGCAAUGUGGGAAUAAUCAAGAGAUUAUAAAAUGGAUAAAAGAUAGUUUUACAGAUCAAGAAGAGUUUGAUAAACUUUGUCAAAGUCAAUUCGAUCAAAUGAAGCUCUAUGCAUCAACUGAUACUCUAAAUAUACUCCAAUACCAACUACAUGUACUCUUUAGUCUAAGAGAAUGUACCAACAUUGCAAUACUCAAAAUGUAUCUUCCUCAAAGUGGCUCUAAAUUCUUAUCAACCAUAUCAACACAGAUGAACAAAGCAUUGGAACAAGGAGACUUGGAGAUGGUCCAUUAUUUGCUCACUAUUGUAUCUCCAAACAAUCAUGGUGGUACUUACACUAUCAAAAAGAUAAAUCCAUCAAUCAUGUCAUUGGAUCUUGUCGAUAGAUUAAAUAGGAACGCCUAUCUACUCGCAUCGAGCCAGGUAUUGGCUCUAUCAGCAAUCUAUUCUAAACAAUUAGAUGUUUUACAACAUAUCAUUGUAAAUACAUUUUCUGAUCUAAAUUCAUUAGAAACUGAUAGUUUGGUUGUCAGAGCUCUGUGUAUUGAUGAUACAAGUAUUAUCGCAUUUCUUUUGGAUAUAUUCUAUCAGGCCAAUAGCGAAAAAAAUGAUGAUGAAGAUAAAAGAGCAUUUAGAGUGACACCAAAUGAUCUAUGUGAUAUGGUACCUCUAUCACUCGAAUAUUUAUAUUCAAAGGGUCAUGCACUAGAAUUUUCAUUUAUAAAUCAUCCUCAAUUUGGUUUUGGGUCUAUCCAAAUAAUAUCGUUGGGUAAAAAGGAAUCUGACAAGUAUAUCGAAAGAGUACCAUCACUUGAAAUCAUUCAAAUGAUUAUCAAUCUCCAACCAAUCAACACUCAACAACCUGUUCAUCCUUGGGUCAUACUAUCAAGAUUCGUAUAUUUAGAGGAUGAUAUUCAUCUUUUAAAAGAUGCUGUAAGAUCAAUUAGAAAUCUUCCAUCCUAUCACCUCACCAAGAUUAGAGAUACAUUAAUUAAAGCAAGUCAAAAUGGAUUUGUUAAGGUUGUUGAAUGUUUAGUCAACGAUAUUGAAAGUUUUGUAGAUUCAUUCACUGAAGCUGUCAAAUACAAUCAAUUCAAAGUUGCUGAUUAUUUGGCCAAACAGUGCUUUGCAAUGGUCACUAAACAACUAGAUGAUCAAGACACUAAAAAAGUUAUCAAUAAUACAAAUGUUAAACUUUUAAAAUCAUUUUAUGUCAGUCGUGAUGACAAUCAAUUUGAAUCGCAAUGGAAUGAUUUUAAAGAAAUCACAACCAACCCCAAGAUGGUAUCUAAAUUAUUAACACAGCCACCAUUCUAUCCAACAUCUAAUCGUAGUCAAAUAUCAAAUACGAUUGAUCGAAUCAUCCAAAACUAUUCAAGAUUUUAUAAUGGUCCUGAGAGAGAUCAAUAUCAAAUGCAACCUUUGCACUUGUCCAAUCCAGACAACAACCACAUUUCAACACUACCCGACCACUAUCUACAUCCAUUCAACACCUACUAUAUCAUCUCUAAAUAUAGACAUGAUCCACAAAUCAAUCAAAUAAUCAAUUUUAAUGAUUUUGAUAUCAAUCAAUUUUAUUUGAAUAAUAAGAGGUUUGGUUUGAUUCCUUUUUUGGAUAUAGCAAGAAUGGAUAAUCAUAGUAGUAUAGAUAAUAAUGAUAGUGAUGAUAUCAGUAAAUACAUUAAAAGUAUACUUAACAGCAAGUUCUUAAGAACAAAGAUAUUCUCAUCAGUACAAUCUAUUCAUCACAUGUUGUAUGGUGACAUUGUGGUUGAUGAUAAAGGAUCAUAUGUUAAACGAGGAGUAUAUAGAUUAAAGUCACAUGAGAUCAUUAGUUUACACGAAUGUAUUGUGACUAAUCAAACUGAUCUAUUCAUCAAACACUUUGAUAGUUUCUAUCAAUCAAUUGCAGUCUCACCAUUAGUAGAUUUAACAUUUAUCGAUGAGAAUGGUUUACACUGCUUUCAUGAUUUAUUAGACACUAUCUUUAGUUUUGAAAAUGAAAUUGCUUUUAAUUUUAUGGUAGAGAGAUUAAAGCAAUCAUUGGAUCGACCUGGUUUUAUGUGCCGAAUGUUUCAUAGAUGGAAACCAACAAGAAAGAGACUUGGUAUGGUUCUAGUGCUCGAUAUAGGUAAUUCACAUCAUGUUAAAUACAUUCAAUGGAUGAUCAAUGUCCCUAUAUCAACUGGUGAUUUGAUCAUAUAUUAUGGAUCAAAGACCACACCAUUAUGUAGAUCUUCCACUUCUAAACAAUCCUUUUAA